GUUCUUGUGUUUUGGUUAACGUUGCAAACCAUGAAUUCUUCUUUGUCUUUAUCACCAAGGUUUAAUAAUUAUUCCGACGACGACGAGUUCAGCCAUGAUUUUGGAUUCAAAUUACAGCUCAAAGAAGACGGAACGGCGGAGGAAGACGAAGAGUUUUCGUUUGUUUGUGUAAAUGCCGACGGAUCCCCUGUUUCUGCCAACGACGUGUUCCAAAACGGACAUAUCCGUCCCGUUUUCCCGUUAUUCAACCAAGAUCUUCUCUUAGCCGAAGAGGACGGCUCAGUUUCGAAAUCGAAUGACGGUGACGUGUCACCACGGCCGCCGCUGAGGAAGCUUUUCGUGGAAGAUUCGCCCGACACGUUGGAACCGGUGGGACCAUACUGCGAGUGGAAGAGAGAUGAUAGAAUAGCCGUGGAGGCAACGUCAUCGGACACGUGUAAGAAGAGCAACUCCACGGGAUUCUCCAAGCUUCGGAGGGUCCGAGAUUUGAUGCUCCGAAGUAACAGCGACGGAAAAGACGCGUUUGUCUUGUUGAACCACCCGUUUCCUUUCUCCGCUUCGGCGGCGAAAAUCGAGAAGAAGAAGGAAAUGGAGGAGAAGAAAGUGAAGGUGAAGGUGGUGGGAGAGAAACCGCCGAAUGGGAAGAAAGAUAAGAGUGAGAAAACGGCGUCGUUGUCGGCCCACGAAAAGCUUUACGUUACGAACAGAGCCAUGAGGGAAGGGGAUAAACGGCGGUCUUAUUUGCCGAUACGGCAGGUUGGUUUUUUCACUAACGUCAAUGGACUCAGCAGAAAUGUUCAUCCAUUUUAGGAUUCAAUUAAAUAUUAUGAUUAUAAAUCUUUAUUUUAAUUUAAAAUAUUUUCU